ACUGUAGUUAGUGACAAUGGUCCUCAAUAUUCUUCACAUCAAUAUAAAACAUUUGCGAAAGACUGGGGUUUCCAGCAUGAUACGUCAAGCCCCAGAUACCCAAAGAGUAAUGGAUUUGUAGAAAGUGCUACUCAAACUGUAAAGAAGACCAUAAAAAAGGCUCUUCAAAGUGGCGAUGACCCUUGCCUUGCACUACUUGCAUUACGUUCAACUCCUGGAACUGUCAAUUCCCCUUCCCCAGCAUUUAAGUUAAUGAAUCGCCAUCUUCGAACGCCCCUACCUUCAGUAAAAACUGAGAAAAUAUCACCUACUUUGCUUGGGUCACAAAAGGUUAAAGAGUGUCACGUUCAACAUUCAAAGAAUUUGCGACCUCGUAAAGAAGGACAAUCAGUACGAAUUAGGGAUGGUAAAACAUGGCAUGUGAAGGGAAAAGUAAUGGAAAGAGUUUAG